GCCUAUGUGCUGACAUGUUACUUCACCAACUGGGCCCAGUAUAGGCCUGGCCUGGGAAGAUUCAUGCCUGACAACAUCGACCCGUACCUGUGUGACCAUCUGAUCUAUGCCUUUGCUGGGAUGUCCAACAAUGAGAUCACAACUUACGAAUGGAAUGACGAGACCCUUUACAAAUCCUUCAACGGCUUGAAGAACCAGUUCUCCACAAUGGUUUCCACUCCUGAGAACCGCCAGACCUUCAUCAAGUCCGUCAUCAAAUUCCUGCGCCAAUAUCAAUUUGAUGGAUUGGACAUUGACUGGGAAUACCCUGGGGCCAGGGGCAGCCCACACCAGGACAAGACUCUCUUUACCAUCCUGGUUAAGGAAAUGCUGGCAGCCUUUGAGCAGGAAGCUGAACAGGUCAACAAGCCCCGUCUCAUGCUCACCGCUGCUGUUGCUGCAGGACUUUCCACCAUUCAGGCUGGUUACCAGAUACCUGAGCUUGGAAAGUACUUGGACUACUUCCAUGUCAUGACUUAUGACUUCCACGCCUCCUGGGAUGGAAGCACUGGGGAGAACAGCCCUCUGUACGAAGGCCCAGCUGACACUGGUGACCUCAUCUACUUCAAUGUCGAUUAUGCUAUGAACUACUGGAAGAGCAAUGGUGCCCCAGCUGAGAAGCUCCUUGUUGGAUUUCCAACCUAUGGACAUACCUUCAACCUCCAAAACCCAUCUGACACUGCUGUUGGGGCACCAGCAUCAGGACCUGGGCCAGCUGGACCUUACACAAAGCAGGCUGGAUUCUUGGCUUACUAUGAGAUCUGCACAUUCCUGGGCUCGGGAGCCACACAGGCAUGGGAUGCCCCUCAGGAUGUGCCCUAUGCUUACAAAGGCAACGAAUGGGUUGGCUAUGACAACAUCAAGAGCUUCAACAUCAAGGUUGACUGGCUGAAGAAGAACAAUUUUGGAGGUGCUAUGGUUUGGGCCCUUGAUAUGGAUGACUUCACUGGCACUUUCUGCAAGGAAGGCAAAUAUCCCCUGAUCACCACCCUAAAGAACGGCCUUGGUCUGCAAAACGGUGACUCCGUGCCUCCAGCUCAGCCCAGUUCUCCAGUCACUGAAGCUCCCUGUACUACAGGUGGAUGUGGAACUGGAAGCGGGGGCUCUGGUGUUAGUGACUUCUGUGCUGGCAAGGCCAACGGCAUCUAUGCAGAUCCAACCAACAAGAGCAGCUUCUACAACUGCAUUGAUGGUGAAACCUUUGUGCAGAGCUGCCAGAAUGGCCUCGUCUUUGAUAGCAGCUGCUCCUGCUGCAACUGGCCAUGA